UUUCUGAAGGUUCCUCUCAUGUCGGUUCCUCUCUGUCACGUCUGUUCUCUGAAGGUUCCUCAGUUUACAGACUGAAGAUGUUGAGGAGGAAACCGACUCGACUGGAGCUGAAGAUCGACGACACAGAGGAGUUCGAGAGCGUCAAGAAGGAGCUCGAGGCCAGGAAGCGUCAGCGAGAGGAGGCGGAGUCAGGAGGCAGAGAGGCCGGGGCUUCCGUCAUCAGUGUUGACAUCAUCGGGGGCGGGGCCUCCGCCUCAGCCUCUUCCUCGUCAGCGUCGAGGACGGAGCUCAUUAACGAGCGAAUCGGCUACAAGCCCCACCCCAAGCCGGCCACGCUGCCGACCUUAUUUGGGAGUUUACAGUUUUGAUAAAACACAAUAAAAUGUUUACGUGAA